CUCGGAUGUGCAAGCUGGGCAUGAUGCAUGGCGAGAACGAGGUGGUGGGACAUACCAGACACUACAUCUCAUUCCCUGGGCGCUAGAAUAUAGAAAAUCAUGGAGACUCUUGGGGAAGCAGAACCUCCUCGGCUGUGAGCGGGAUGCGGGGCUGAAAGAAGCUACGUUGACGAGAUAGGUCAGGUGCCAUGGGUCUGGCGCGGUUUGACGACGGCGGCCACGAUGGGGCAGAAGCUGGCUACUCCUUGGAAAAGUUCAACCUCUACGAGACCCGUGCUCGGUACUACCUGGUCGGGUGGAGCAAAGACCGGCAGCAUUGGCGCAUUUUGAAGAUUGAUCGGUCUGAGCCUGAGGACCUGAGUCUCUCUGAGGAUCCUGCGGUGUACUCUCAGGCAGAGUGCAAGUCUGUUCUUCAAACAGUUGCGGAGGGGAACAGGUCAACGGGGGGCCUUCAACUGGUGACAAAAGCCUAUGGAGUGGUUGGCUUCAUCAGGUUCCUGGAAUGUUACUACAUGAUCCUGGUCACCAGACGACGGCAGGUGGGGACCAUCUGUGGGCAUGCCGUGUACUCCAUUGAAGACACGGCCCUUAUCACUGUGCCCCAUCCCUCGGUGCAACGAGACUCACCGCAUUCGAAGCUUGAGCUCAGGUACAAGAAGCUGCUGUCAGGCGUGGACCUGACCAAGGAUUUCUUCUUCAGCUACACGUACCGCCUGAUGCAGACUUUUCAGCGCAACGCGCUCUACCCGGGCCAGGGCUCCGGCGCCGUCGACACUAUGUUCGUGUGGAACGCUUUUCUGACACGUGGCAUCCAGGAGCGUCUGGGCAACACCCGCUGGACGGUCCCGCUCGUUCACGGCUACUUCUCGCAGGCGCGCUUGUCGCUCUUCGGCCGGGUCUUCUCUGUGACUCUGCUCGCUCGCCGGUCACGCCACUUCGCCGGCACCCGCUACCUGAAGCGCGGCGUCAAUGACAAGGGCCGCGUGGCAAACGACGUGGAGACGGAGCAACUGGUAGCGGAGGAAGGGCCGGGGCGCGGCCGCUGGCCAAUCACGAGCGUGGUGCAGAAUCGGGGCUCCAUCCCGCUGUUCUGGUCGCAGGAGACAAGCAAGCUCAGCCCGAAGCCGGACAUCGUGUUGGUCCGGUACGACCCGGUGUAUCAGGCCACCAGCCUGCACUUCCAGGACCUCGCGCGCCGCUAUGGCAACCCGAUCAUCAUCCUGAACCUGAUCAAGACGGUCGAGAAACGGCCGCGCGAGAUGAUCCUGCGCCGCGAAUUUGCCAACGCGGUGGGGUACCUGAACCAGACGCUCGGGGACCGAGAGAAGCUCAAGUUCAUUCACUGGGACUUCCACAAGUUUGCCAAGACGAAGGGCGCCAACGUGCUGACGGUUCUCGGGAGCAUCGCCGAGGAGGCCCUCGACCUUACCAGCUUCUUCUUCAGCGGAAGGGAGAGGAUCGGAACGCACCGGGCCAACCAGGUGACCCCACGCGCUGCGCCCACGUCACAGGACGACGUCACUUCCAAGUCGAGCGCACGUGGCUCUUCCACAGGACGGGAAGACGUCAAGCGGGCGUCAGCUCGAGUGGAUGCCGCCGUGCAGACUUCGGAGUGGGCUGAAGGUGAGAAAGCGGGGAAGGCGGGUGCGUCUGAAGCGGGUAGUGCGGAGGCGGACGUGGGGCGGGUUUUGGACGGGCAGCGGCCGUCCGAAAGGGGAGACGUGGGGUCCGAGAGAGUGCGGGAGUCUGUGUCUAGGUCGCUUGAUCAACCAGCGGACUCAAUAAAAGACGCGGGGUCCGAUAGUAUAGAGGAUAGGUCGCCGGAAGGCGGUUUGCUAGAUCUGAAUAGUGCGGGUAGGCAGGGCGACUCAGAAGGGAAAGGUAGACCGAAACCACAAAAUAAAGAUAGUGAACAAGAUAUUGAACAGGAGACGGAGGACAACGGAAUGAUUCUUGUGGUAGACAACGAAGGCGCGCGAGCCCUGAGCCCGGAACGGAUCGCAGGACCGGCGUCAGUUUUCGAACACUCGCAAAAGGGUGAUAGCAGUCGAUACGGAACAGGCAGCACUUCAGUAAGUGCUGACAAACCAGAUAGGGAGACCUCGGAGGAUACCGGAACGCAUUCCGGUCUCAGUUCUGCCAAGAUGCGCGAGUCGGAAAAGCGGAGAACAGGACACGGGGAUGCGGAAGAAAGACCAGGGGUGUCGGACAGGGGGAAGCCUGCUUCGGACGCGAGGAACAAGGGUUUGGGCGCCAAGGACCAGGAUUCGGACGCAAUGAAGCAAGGUAUGGAUGCGCGAAAGCGGGGUUCCGACCCAAGGAACCAGGGUUCCGACGUACCCAAGAGGAGGACGGACGUGAGGUUCAGUUGUGGGGAGACCGUUCCGGUCCGACUGCAGUCCGGGGUGCUGCGGACCAACUGCAUCGACUGCUUGGACCGUACGAAUGUCGCGCAGUACGCAUACGGGCUGGCCGCUCUGGCGAGGCAGCUGCACGCGCUAGGCUUCCUUUCGUCCCCGCGGCUGGACCCGGAGUCGGAGGUCGCCGGCAUCCUGAUGGACAUGUACCAGGAAAUGGGCGACGUGCUCGCGCUGCAGUACGGGGGCUCUGCCGCGCAUAACAUGGUGUUUCCGGAGCGGCAGGGCCUGUGGAAGGCGACGACGCAGUCGCGGGAGCUGCUCAAGACUAUCCGGCGCUACUACAGCAAUGCGUACACCGACGCGGAGAAGCAGGACGCCAUCAACCUGUUUCUGGGCCACUUUGUGCCUGAGGAGAAUAAGCCCGCGCUGUGGGAGCUGGACAACGACUACUACCUGCACAUGGGCCAGUCAGCGGAGAGUCCGCAGGACAAAGGCCCGGGACCGUCCGGCGGUGACGACCCCCCGACGCCCCUCUGCUUGCCGCCCCACGCGAGCCCCCCCCACAGCGCUGACGCCCCUCCCCGCCUCAAGCUGACGUCAUUCGACAAGCUGGCAGCCACUCAGGCGGCUGUCAGGCAUGUGCGGCUCGUCAGAGAGGCCGUUGAGCCCGUCGAGAAGUCCAAAGCGGGAACGUCGACGGAAGAUUUGCACGUGCUCCUCACUGGCCCCAGCUGGCUCUUCGGAGCCGUUCCCGAACAUCACCCAAAGGGGUUCCCAAUUUCGCCUCGCAAGGAGAUCGCCGAACCCGAGCCACGUCGCCCCGAGGAGGAUGACGUCAGCUCAAUAGCGUCAGUCGUCGGGGAGCUGGAAACCGACCCGCUGUCGCAUCUACUGAGUGAUGACACCAUAGAGCCUGGCUUCACGAGCACUGACGACGACGACUGGUACGGCUCGAGCCUUUUGGCGGGCAGUAUCGAGACCAGCCCCGCAUACGAGCAUUACCAGCGCCUAUGCCAGCUCUCGGACGAGGGUGGCAUCUUCUCCCAAACUCCGUCCCAAACGGAAGUGUACAAGGCUUAUGACGGCAUUGCGACGACGCUUGGCGGUGGGGAAGAGUCUGAUGCGGAGUUGGAAGCCAAGAUGGCACGGCAGCUCGAAAGCUUGUCGAAUUUUCAGGUUUUCAUGCGGGAGGGCCAGGACGGACUUGUAUAUGCGUAGGAGCGUAGAUAAUCUAGGCACACAUCAAGUGGGCUUUUUGCAGCUUUUCGCCAAGGCAUUCUUGUGGAUACUAAUACUCGAGUAUAAGCUUGCAGACGAUAGCAUUGAACAGACACUCUUAAUCUGAGUAGAUACAUAGCUGCCUACAACCAAAGGACAAGGCAUUGCAGAGCCAAUAUCAACACUUUGCUAGUGUUGCUAUUUACUUUUACUAUGUUGCCAUGGUGGCUUUGUUUAGCCCAUGGCUUGAUAUGUGGGGGUCACAUUGUCAUGAGUAGAAAAUGGAGGAGCUUGGUACUAGCUUGCCAGAUGUCUAGCAGUCAAAGACGUAUAGGAAGUAUAACUCGGACCGGACUUUGAGAGUCGGUGUUUACUGGCAUAUCCAUAUCAUUGCCAAUGGCUUCUUCUUCUGCGGA